AUCGGGUAAUGGUUGUCUUACCCUCAGGGAGCUGAAACGCGGAAACUUAAUUGUGGCAAUGCAAUAUGCAGAUGAAGAAGAGGACAUCAACAAAGUUUUGAGGUACUUCUCUUAUGAACACUUUUAUGUGAUAUAUUGCAAGUUUUGGGAGCUGGAUACCGAUCAUGAUUUUUUGAUCGAUAAAGAGAACCUUAUUAGAUAUGGUAAUCACGCACUGACCUACAGGAUUGUUGACCGAAUAUUUUCUCAGGUUCCAAGAAAGUUCACCAGUAAGGUUGAAGGAAAGAUGGGAUAUGAAGAUUUUGUUUACUUCAUAUUGUCAGAGGAGGAUAAAUCAUCUGAGCCUAGUCUUGAGUACUGGUUCAAGUGCAUAGAUCUGGAUGAAAAUGGAGUUAUUACAAGGAAUGAAAUGCAGUUUUUUUAUGAGGAGCAGUUGCAUAGAAUGGAGUGCAUGGCUCAGGAGCCUGUGCUUUUUGAGGAUAUUUUGUGUCAGAUAGUUGACAUGAUUGGACCAGAGAAUGAAAGCUAUUUUACGUUGAGUGACUUGAAGAGUAGCAAACUUUCGGGCAGCAUGUUCAAUGUUCUUUUUAACCUAAAUAAGUUUAUGGCCUUUGAAACACGAGAUCCUUUUCUAAUUCGUCAGGAGCGUGAGAACCCAACGUUGACAGAAUGGGAUCGCUUUGCACACAGGGAAUAUAUUAGGCUUUCAAUGGAGGAAGAUGCUGAAGAUGCCUCUAAUGGAAGUGCUGAUGUUUGGGAUGAAUCACUUGAGGCUCCCUUUUGAGUUCUAAUUGUAAGCUUCCAAGCUCUGAGGUUUUUAUAUAUUCGUUCAAAGUAAAAUUUAUUUUGUGGAUCAAUAUUUCCAUUGAGUCAAGUAUACUGAUGUUAAAAUGGCAGUUUCAAUUACUGGGGAAACUCUGUACUAUAUAAUCACCGUUGCUUAAACUCCAUGGUAUGCAUAUGAAAUGCAGAUGAGAGUUGGGUUAUCGUAAUUCUUCCAGCCUAACAAAUAAUUGUGCUGAAGGUUAGUGAUAAAAAGUUUAGUGAAACAGACUGUUGUGAUGUUGAUGGUUGAAUAGUAUCAUCUUAUUCCCAUCGAUUUCUUUCUGUGUGCAAGUUCUGACAAACAUUGAUGGAUUUGUGAAGCAGAUGUAUUUAACUAUGUACAUUACACCUUAAUAACCAAACAUUAUCUGACAGUGUGCCCUCCGUUUUUUUGUGUGGCCCAUAUGUGCAUAAUUGUUGUAAAGAUAGUACGUUUGUAAGUGUAUAUAAUGUAUAUUAAUCUUGUGAGAAACCUGAACUGGGAACAACAUAGAUCAAGGGGUCACUCAUUAGGCAUCACUAUAUAUCCCUCUUAGUUGUUGAAAUAUCUUAAACUGCAGGAGUUUUCUGAGAAUUCUUUGUUUCGAGCUGCCUACCAAGCAACAAGGCCACAAUUUUGCUGGAGAAGUGAUUGAAUGGGAUCAUCAAACAAUGUCGAACCUGGCGAAGAGGUGUUCUGGGUUCACAGAGUGAAAUUCAUUGAUCUGCAGAGCAUGCCAACCAUGUGAUGGUGGCCAUAAGUGCCAUGUUCGUGUGAAAGCUUUGAACUAGCAUAGUAAAGAGCUCGUCGACAGUGGGCUAAUUGGUGAUAGGUGAUUACUCAAAUCAGUUUAUGGUUACACAACUUUGUAGCAACUUGCCUCCUCAGCAGGAAGAAAUCAUUACUUUUAAGUAUUUCUUCUAGAGGUAAUGGUUAGGUACUGUUUUGACACAUCUUUCUCAGAAUGGUAUCAGUGUAGUUAAGUUGUUUUGGCGCUUUUUUGUAUUCUUUGCAAUUCAUACUUCAAUGGUGGUUAAUAUUCUAUUUCUGUCGGGAAUUUUUCUGUAUCUACUUUCUUCAGUUUGAAAU